GUGAAACCCUAAUAAGAAUGGCAAUGGAAUCUCUGGUUUUGUUUAACUCCUCCUCUGUUGAUCUUUUGUUCAACUCCUCCUCUGUUAAUCUUUCUUCCACCGUAAGAGAGGCUUCUACUUGCAACAAAGCGCUUUCCUUGAAUCUGAAUAAACGUAAGGCUGUUGAACCACCAUGUCCGGAGUCGAAGAAGAAGAAACAAAUUGAUGAGCGCAAGUCUUUUGUUCCAGCGAGGACUACCCAGAAGACGAAGCAAUCGGCUGUACCUAUGAAAGUUUCUAAAAACCAUAGAUCUGGGGCUCAUGAAACGAGAGAGAUUACGCAAAACUUGAAGAAGCAGAAGCCUGACGACGUUGGCAAGUCUGUUCCAGAAACAUCAAGGCCGCUCAAGUUGACGCUCAAGUUGAAGAAGCAGCCGUCUGCAAAAGUACCUGAAAACCCUAAAAUUUGUCCUGUCCCGAAGAAGAACGAAACAGAGACGUUGGAGCUUUUUGAAAUAGCAAAGAAAUCUGCAGAUGUGGCUAACGCAAAAGGAAUUCUCGCUGCUGAAGCAGAGACAUCAAUCUGCGUUGACAGUCUCGCGUUACUCAUGGAAUUCCCGAUUUGCUCAGCAGCUAUUGAAACGACGAGGAUCAUGGCGAGGCUUGAGCAUCUUACAAAGCAUAAAAAUCGAAAAAUCUGCAACUCUGCAUCAGCACUUCUUCACUGUUGGAGGCAGAGUAUCAGAGAUCAACAACUCAGAGAGUCUCGACAAUGCUAGAGAAUCUAAGGGAAGGAAAUUAGUAGGCUUGACACUUUGACUACGUUGG